AUGGUUGGAACCGAUCAAGUUGAGAAUGAUGAUUUUAAGUUGGAUGCGCAAGGUGUGUUGAGAUUAUGUAACCGAAUUUGUAUUCCUGAUGAUGUGGAUUCAAAGAGAGCGAUUCUUGAAGAAGGUCAUAGAAUACUUGGACCGGAGAUUGAUAGAGAGACUACCGAGAAAGUUAAGUUGAUUCGUGAGAAGAUUAAGACUUCUCAGAGUAGGCAUAAGAGCUAUCAUGACAACAGGAGGAAGGAUUUGGAAUUUCAAGCGGGUGAUCAUGUGUUUUUGAGAGUCACGCCGGUGACUGCUGUGGGACGAGCGUUGAAGUCUAAGAAGUUCACUCCUUGUUUUAUUGCACCGUAUCAGAUUUCGAAGAAGGUUGGGAAUAUGGCGUAUAGAGUGGCAUUACCGCCGAAUCUUUCGAAUUUGCAUGACGUGUUUCAUAUGUCGCAGCUUUGGAAGUAUAUUUCUGAUACUUCUCAUGCGAUUCAUAUGGACGAUGUGCAAGUAUGGGAUAACCUCACGGUGGAGACUAUGCCAGUAAGGAUUGAAGAUUGCGAGAUAACGAUGCUUAGAGGCAAGGAGAUUAUUUUGGUGAAGUUAGUUUGGUCGGCAACUACCGAAGAAAGUUUGGCGUUGGAAUUGGAAAGCAAGAUGCGAAAAUCGUAUCCUGAAUUGUUUGAUUGA